AUGAGGGGGUGGAGAGAGGAGAUGGUGGCGCUCUCGCUGCAGGGGCACGGCGCCCACGACGGCGACGACGACCGGCCGGAGAAGCCGCGGCGCUACGGGGUGACGGAGAUGAGGAGCCCCGACUACUCCUUCCGCCCCGCCCACCUCGCGCUCCAGGAAAUAUUGGAGUCUAUCGGUCCAUUUGUCGAUGGUCUCAAGUUCUCCGGUGGAUCUCAUAGUCUAAUGGGAAAAGAACUGAUUAGAGAGAUUACCGAUUUGGCGCACAAGCAUGAGAUGUAUGUGAGCACAGGUGAUUGGGCAGAGCAUCUUCUGCGUCAGGGACCAUCUUCUUUCAAGCAAUAUGUGGAGGAAUGCAAAGAGUUAGGAUUUGACACCAUUGAGCUGAACGCUGGAUCUCUGAAGCUCCCUGAAGAGGCUGUACUGCGAUUAGUCCGCCUGAUAAAGAGUAGCGGUUUGCGUGCGAAGCCCCUGUUUUCAGUGAAGUUUGACAGCUCUGAUAUUCCUGCAUCUGGUGAUAGGGCGUUUGGGGCUUACAUUGCUCCAGUGAAGCAGAGCUCAGAAAGAGUCGAAGAUGUUGAUCUGUUGAUUAGGAGGGCCGAGAGAUGUCUGGAGGCGGGUGCAGAUAUGAUCAUGAUCGACGCCGACGAUGUUUGCCAGCACACCGACUCUCUGAGGGCAGACAUUGUCGCGAAGAUUGUCGGCCGCCUCGGGCUGGAGAAGACCAUGUUCGAAACAUCCAACUCCAACACCUCCGAGUGGUUCGUCAAACGCUAUGGCCCACGGGUGAACCUCUUCGCCGACCACUCCGAGGUGAUGAAUCUGGAGCGUCUCCGAGGCUUCGACACGCGCAGGGGCAGCCUGCCCUUGCUCACCUCGCCGUUCUUCCUGGUGCGGCGGCCUUUCUGAGCGCUGAUAUGUUGAACUCAGGCCUGUCCUCCUGAUGUGACAGUUUAUUUCCGAUGUUAGCUGUGCUGAGACCUAAGCGAUGUGUUGAUGAAGUUGAGUUCUGGAACUGAGGCAGUGUGGUGGUUCGUAGUAGCAAGAAAUAAGGCGGUAGUUUGUGUUCUUUACUGUGGUGUGGACUUGUCGU